UUAACCACUUGUUGAGUGGAGCGCACACGGGCAACCGGAGAGAGGCAAUCUGGCUUGCAAACAACGCGGGUGUCUUUAUAAGGAGCCUCUUAUUUAUGACAGCCGUUUGAAUCGGAAACAUCUUUCUUUAAUUUUCCCGUUUCCGCUUCUUGAGCCUCCGGACUCCAGCAAACGGACACGAACUGAAAAUCUUGUGAAAGCUUCCUAAAAGUGGUGAAGAUGAUGUCUGGCGAAGAAGAGGCUCCAACUCCGCAGCAAGAACCGGAGCAGGUGAAGAAGACCGACGAACCUCCACCGGCCGCCGCCGCCGAAAAAGAAGAAGAAGAAGAAGAAAAACUAGCCAAGCUGGCGUCAGGCAGUGGCAGCCCCGCAGCCGCCGAGGAGGAGAAGCCCAUCACCUACCGGGCUCUGGUGCUGACGGGAUACGGAGGCUGCGAUAAGAUCAAGCUGCAGGUGAAGAGCAUGAAGAAGGCGUCGCUGAAGGCCGGGGAGGUUCUGGUUCGGGUCAAGGCGUGCGGGCUGAACUUCGCCGAGCUGCUGGGGAAGCAGGGGCUGUACGAGCUGCUGCCGGCCCCGCCCGUCACGCUGGGCAUGGAGGGCUCCGGGGUCAUCGAGGCGGUGGCGGAGGACGUGACGGACAGAAAGGUAGGAGAUCGCGUCAUGGCCAUGAACCGCCACGGCAUGUGGCAGGAACUGGCGGUCGUUCCCGCUAACUGCACCUUCCCCAUUCCAGACGGAAUGAGCUUUGAGGAAGCCGCUGCUCUGCCCAUCAACUACAUGACGGCCUACAUGAUGCUGUUCGAGAUGGCCAACCUCAGGCCAGGGAAAAGCGUCCUCAUUCACAUGGCUGCCGGCGGCGUGGGUAUCGCUGCUACCCAACUGUGUCAGACCGUGAAGGAUGUGACGAUUUUUGGCACCGCGUCUGCUUCCAAACACGAGACCAUCAGCCAAGGUGGCGUCACUCACCCCAUCGACUACCGCACCAAAGACUAUGUGACUGAAAUCCGUAAAAUCAGCCCAAAGGGAGUGGAUAUUGUUCUGGACCCUCUUGGUGGCUCCGACACUCAAAAAGGUUUCGGUUUGCUAAAACCUCUGGGCAUGCUUAUCGUCUUUGGAGCAGCCAACUGUGUGACGGGCCAGAAGAAGAACCUGCUGGCCAUGGCGAAGACCUGGUACAACCAGCUCACCCUCAACACGCUGAAGCUGAUGCAGACCAACAAGGCCAUCUCUGGCUUCCACCUGGGCUACAUCCGGGACGAGGAGCUGUUCGAGGAAACUCUCGUUAAGCUGCUGGAGCUGUACCAGCAGGGGAAGAUCAAGCCCCAUAUUGACUCCUGCUACCACUUUGAAGAGGUGGCUGACGCCAUGAAGCGCAUGCACGAUCGUCAGAAUAUCGGGAAAGUCAUCCUCCUUCCCGAGCCCAAGAAGAGUGAAGAGAAGCCCGAAUCCAACGCAGAGGCAGCGGAAAACUUGGAAAAAGCGGAAACUGCCGUCAGCGAGAAGAAAGAGGAUGCUGCAGAAGAAGUUGAAGCAGGAAAGGAUUGAGUAAGAGAGCUCCUCUUGGUGGCGUUUCCAGCACUUCCUUCACAAAUCUGUCCAAUUUUUUUUAAGGAGAAAAAAACAAGAAAAAUUUUCUUGAAUUCUGUGAUUUCUGUCAGUAUUCAGCUGUUUGUUUUUGUUGUGCAAUAUGUCAAUAAUGUUGUCUGGUUGGGAACCCUUGUUUUUUUGGAAAUAAAAGUUCACUUUAUUCUGAUG